CUGUUAUUCAUAUAUUUUUGCAAAUCUACAUGGCUACCCCAAUUUCAGCGAUUUUUAUUAUAUUGCUAUCUUUUUCUAUCUCACAAACAUUCCAUCUUCUAUCCUGCUGUCACAAGCCCAGGCCAAAUUCAAUACAAAUCGUAAUUCCUAGUCAAGUAUGGAAUCCCUUGAAAUACGCGUUGUUUAUGAAUUAUUUACAUAAAAGUAUACAUUUAUUUACACAAAAUGGGAACACAAAAACCUGGAGAAUGGGCGAAUUCGCUAAUAGCCAGAUUCGAAGAGCAACUGCCAUACAAAACCGGUGCACAGAACCUCCACUCCCGAAUAAACGAGGAGCAAUGCAAAGCCUGCCUCGUACAAAUCAGCAGGCAUCGCUUCUCGCUUGUCAUCGCCGGUCUCACCAAAAUCCUGCAGCGAGUCAACGAGCUGUACCAACCAACCAUAUCUUCGGGUGUGAACCGACCACACACGGAGCUGGAGAAGAGCUAUAGCGACAGUCUGGUCAUAGUUUUGGACACGCUGGAAAUAUGCCUCAGUUCGCAGCCUAAAGACACCACCAAAUUUGAUGAGGCCAUGAACGUGAAGAUACUACUGAGGGAGGUCUGUCAAUUUAUUGACAUGCGGAACGAGAACACAACCAGCAACACAUUGCUGCGGCAGCUGGCGAGCAAAGUGUUGUUCGCACUCAGUCUCAACUUCUUCAACGCGGUGUUCAACAGGAUCAGUGCUCGGCUACAGGAAUUGGCUUCAAGCUCAGAAGAAAACCCCGAUUAUACAGAUAUAGACUUAAUACAACACAUCAACGUGGACAUUCUCCGGCUUAUACGGCUGCUCACAGAAUCAAUACAAAAGUUUAAGUUAUUAAGAAAAUCAGCGCAUAUAGUUUUGGUAUCGUCUUUAGAAAAAGCAAUAUGGAACUGGAUGGAUACAUACCCCCAAGAAUUCGCAGAAGUCCAAUGCCGGCCUAACGAGGAUCUCAGCAAAUGCUGUGACACUCUUUUCGACAUUUUACAAGAUUGCUUCUCCGAUAACAAGAAAUCUAGGGUCGCUAUGUGGCCUCUACAGAUCAUGUUAUUAGUUUUAAACCCUAAAGUCUUAGAAGAAAUAGUGAAUGCAGACAGCGGUGCUCCGUGCAGUCCGCGACAUACGAAGAAGAAACAUUUUAUCGACUCGGUGAAGAGAGGGCUAAGCCCACAGAACAACUCUAAACAGAUGACAGAAGCGGCGGUUGUGACGUGUGUCAAACUGUGUAAGGCGUCGACGUAUCUGAACAUCGCUGACAGCGGCAAUGUUACUUUCGUGCUUGUGAAAUCCGUUACUAAUGAUCUCAAGUCUCUCCUCUUCAACCCCUCAAAAUCCUACGUGCGAGGGAACCUGAUCUCCGGCUACUCAGAGCUGGACCUGAUGACGGACUGCUUCGUGUCCCUAUUCCGCAUCAUGCCUCAUACGAAUGACAUGAUUAAAGUGUGCCUCAACCUGAAUACGCACAUUUCGUACCACUAUGUCAUAGUCAACUCAUUACUCAGGAUUAUAAAACAACCACGGUUACCGUGGUGGCCUCAAAUAGAGCUGCUUUACCCCCGAGCGGCCGAACUUAGAGCGAUGUUCACAGAUACACUGAAUAAAGCUACACAGGGUUACAUAGUCCACACGCCGCUCCGUAUGAUCUCACGCUCCCUCAAAUCCAAAGAAGUGCAAGCCAAGUUCAACAAAUCGGAGGAAAUGCCGGCUUACAGAAACCUGCUGCUGUGCAUGGUGAAACUUAUACACGCUGAUCCGAUGCUUAUGUUGAGUAACCCCGGCCGCUCAGGCAUGGAGAUCCAAUCUUCAACCACCGAACUAAUCAACGGUCUGGUAUCGCUGGUGCACCAGACAGGCAUGGGCGAGAUCUCACAAGAAGCAAUGGAUGCAUUGCUGGCGCUGCACCGGCCUGAUCGCGUGCAUAUGUGGAAUCCUGAGGCGCCGCUUAACACCUUUUGGGAUAUUAGCUCCCAAAUCCUCUACAACAUCAGUCAGAAGCUCAUCCAGCGACAGAUCGGCAACUACCGGGAGGUGCUGCGAUGGUUGCGUGAUAUUUUGACAUGUCGGAACGAGUUCUUGGCCAAGCACAAGGAAUAUGCCAACGUCGGCUCGCAGAUACCUAUAUGCAAGCAGGCGCAUAUUAAAUUAGAGGUGGUUUUCUUCAUGUGCCUCUGGUCCAUCGACACGGACGUGGUGCUAGUCGCCAUGUCCUGCUUCGCGCUGCUGUGCCAGGAGGCGGACAUCCGCUGCGGCGCCGACGAGAUCACCACGCAGUGCCUGCUGCCCAACUACGCCGUGUUCCAGGAGGUGGCUCACACUUCCACCGUACUUACCACUGCUAGCCAGGAUAUGGGACGUGGUUGCACUUACAAAAACAUUCACAGCUCAGCAGCGUUACAGAAGAGGAUAAUGGCGUUGCUAAGGAAGAUCGAGCAUUGCGUGAACGGCGUGCAACCAGUGUGGGAGGAAACAUUUCGAUGUUGGGACUCCCUAUGCAAGCUGCUACAGAAAUACCCCAAAGGGCAGGGUGACAAAAUGGAUGAUUGCCAAAUGGAGGCUAUCCACAGAGCUGUCGCUAAACGAAGAGUUUCACAUCACAGUAGCAGCGAGCAUGAUUUUGAGAUGCAGAUUCAAGAGUGGGCGAACAUUACAUCGUUUCUGUGCGCACUCGGUGGAGUGUGCUUGCAGCGGCGCCCGUCCACCGUGUGGUCCCACCUUCACGCUCACGAUUCGAGGAAGUACAAUGUAUUGGCGAAUAGUUCACAAGAAGUCCAGUACUGCCCUGUCACGCAAUUCAUCGGCCAACUCCUCCGCCUCCUGCUCUGCAGCAACGAGCGCUUCGGCCAACAGAUCCAAAGUCACGUGAAAGAGCUAGUCGGCCAUGAGAUGUCCCCGGCGCUGUACCCCAUCCUGUUCGACCAGAUCAAGGCCAUCAUCGACAAGUUCUUUGACCAGCAACAGCAGGUAAUGCUGACAGACAUCAACACCCAGUUCGUGGAGCACACGAUAUUCAUCAUGAAGAGUAUAUUGGACAACAAGAAGACGGGACAACCUUCAGAGCACCUUAGUACUACGUCUAUCGAAGGACUCAUGCUCGCUAUAGUCAGAUACGUUCGUCACCUGGACAUGACUGUGCUGUCAGUGCACAUCAAAACGAAGCUCUGCCAAGUUGUCGAAGCCAUGAUGAGGAGGAGAGACGACCUAGCCUUCAGACAGGAGAUGAAGUUCCGCAACAAGAUGGUGGAAUACGUGACUGACUGGGUGCUCGGCACCAGUCACCAGAUCGCGCCUCCUCUGCGGGCAGAUGCAUCUUCCAUAUCCAGAUACUUGGUCUGCUGCAGAGAGCUGGACCAGGCGUGCAUGGAGGCGGUGGCCGCGCUGCUGAAGGGGCUGCCCCUGCAGCCCGAGGAGUCGGACAGAGGGGAUCUGAUGGAGGCGAAGAGUCAGCUGUUUCUGAAGUACUUCACCCUAUUCAUGAACCUACUGAACGACUGUAACGAAGUGGAAAUGGCCGAAGGCCCGGGAAGGCUGGAAACGCUGCGGAACGCCACGAUACAAGCCAUGUCCAACUUGCUAAGUGCUAAUAUAGACUCGGGACUCAUGCAUAGUAUCGAUCUGGGUUACCACCGAGACCUACAAACCCGAGCUGCCUUCAUGGAAGUCCUGACGAAAAUCCUCCAACAGGGCACGGAAUUCGACACCCUGGCGGAGACUGUCCUCGCCGACCGCUUCGAGCAACUAGUUCAGUUGGUCACCAUGAUCUCUGAUAAGGGCGAGCUCCCAAUAGCAAUGGCCUUGGCAAACGUCGUCAGCACAUCGCAAAUGGACGAACUAGCUCGUGUGUUCGUCACUCUGUUCGACGCUAAGCAUCUUCUAGCACCACUGCUCUGGAACAUCUUCUAUAGAGAAGUUGAGGUCUCAGAUUGUAUGCAGACCCUCUUUCGCGGCAACUCCCUAGGGAGCAAAAUCAUGGCUUUCUGCUUCAAGAUCUACGGUUACGGUUACCUGGUUUCCCUGCUCGAACCGCUGGUUACGGCGCUGUUGGAGCAGGCGGACCAGCCGGAUCUGAGCUUCGAGGUGGAUCCUGCUAGGCUAGACCCAUCGCAGGAUAUAGAAGUCAACCGCUCGAACCUUAUAGACCUCACCAAAGAGGUUUUCAACAGGAUUAUCAACUCUGCGGACAAAUUCCCUCCGCAGUUGAGGAGCAUGUGCCAUUGUCUUUAUCAGGUUUUGAGCAAACGAUACGCACACAUACCACAAACGAGCGUGGGUGCUGUUGGUACAGUACUCUUCCUGAGAUUUAUCAAUCCAGCCAUAGUGUCACCGCAAGAGAUGGGUAUAGUCAGCCGUCCCGUUCCCCCCACGAUAAAACGUGGUCUCAUGCUAAUGUCCAAGAUACUCCAGAACAUAGCCAACCACGUCGAGUUCUCGAAGGAGCAACAUAUGUUGCCUUUCAACGAUUUCUUGAGAGCUCACUUUGAGUUAGGACGCAAAUUCUUCAUUCAAAUAGCAUCAGACUGCGAAAGCGUGGACCAAACGUCUCACAACCUCUCCUUCAUCAGUGAUGCCAACGUAGUAGCUUUACAUCGACUACUAUGGAACCAUCAGGAACGAAUAGGGGACUACCUGUCUUGCAGUCGGGACCAUAAGGCUGUAGGACGACGGCCUUUUGACAAGAUGGCCACAUUGCUCGCUUAUUUGGGACCUCCGGAACACAAACCUGUAGAAUCCACCUCCGGUCUCCUCUUCUCCUCGUACGCCCGAUGGUCUUCAAUAGACAUGUCUUCUACCAACUUCGAGGAGUUCAUAGUGAAACACAACAUGCAUGAAAAAGAGGAGUUUAAGAGCAUCAAGAGUUUGAACAUAUUCUACCAGGCGGGCACCAGCAAGAUCGGGAACCCGGUGUUCUAUUUCAUCUCUAGGAGAUACAAGAUAGGAGAAGUGAACGCGGACCUUCUGAUAUACCACGUGAUCUUGACUCUCAAGCCCUUCUGCCAGCAGCCUUUUGAGCUUAUAGUGGACUUCACACACACCAACUCGGACAAUAGGUUCAGAACGGACUUUCUCCAAAAAUGGUUCACGGUGCUACCCGACGUGGCGUACAUCAACAUACACGCCUGCUACAUAUACAACUGCAACAGCUGGGUGCGAGAGUACACCAAGUUCCACGAAGCGAUACUAGCUCCAUUAAGAGGCAACAGAAAACUAAUAUUCAUUGACAACCACACUCGCCUCAGCGACUAUGUGGAGGCUGAGCAGCAAAAGUUGCCCGGCGCAACGCUGGCUCUAGAGGAGGAUCUCAAAGUGUUCAGUAAUGCGCUCAAACUGUCGCACAAGGACACUAAAGUUGCUAUAAAGGUGGGACCAACAGCUCUACAAAUAACAUCAGUAGAGAAGACUAAAGUUCUCGGUCUCCCAGUUCUAUUGAACGACGUUUACUAUGCUUCCGAAAUCGACGAGGUGUGCCUCGUGGAUGACAACCAGUUUUCUCUGUCAAUAGUGAACGAGCCCACUCCACUAAGUUUCAUACACAACGACUGUGAUAACAUUGUGCAAUCUAUUAUACAUAUACGGAACCGCUGGGAGCUGAGUCAACCGGACUCAGUAACAGUGCAUCAGAAGAUCCGACCAAAAGACGUCCCAGGGACUCUCCUCAACAUGGCGCUGCUGAACCUUGGCUCCUGCGACCCUACCCUUCGGACAGCAGCAUAUAACCAGCUAUGUGCGCUGACUGCUACAUUCCAUUUGAAGAUCGAAGGGCAACUGCUAGAAACAUCCGGCCUUUGCAUACCGUCCAACAACACAAUCUUCAUUAAGUCAGUAAGCGAAAAGCUAGCGCACAACGAGCCUCAUCUCACUCUAGAGUUCCUCGAGGAAUGUAUUCAGGGUUUCCGUGGCUCAUCCAUCGAGCUAAAGCAUUUAUGUCUGGAAUACAUGACGCCGUGGCUUGCUAACUUAGUCAGAUUUUGCAAGCCAUCAGACGAGUCCCGUCGCCAAAAGCAAGUCGCCCAAAUCCUGGAGAAGCUGAUCACCCUGACCAUCGAGGAGACGGAGAUGUACCCCUCCGUGCAGGCCAAGAUCUGGGGCUCCAUCGGGCACGUGCCCGAGCUGAUCGACAUGGUGCUCGACAGCUUCAUACAGCGGAGUGUCAACUCGGGUCUCGGUUCACCAAUGAUAGAGAUAAUGGCGGACACGGCCGUCGCAUUAGCGUCCGCCAACGUUCAGCUAGUCUCCAAGAAAGUCAUCGGCCGUAUGUGCAGGGCCCUAUCGAAACUGCCCAAUAAUGCCCUGGGCCCCGUUACCCCGGCCACUGUGGUGGACAAGACCUGUCAUUCGCCGACACCGGUGCUGGAGAUGCACAUGAUGUGGGGAGACAUUGCCAUAUUGGCGAGAUAUUUGCUCAUGUUGUCAUUCAAUAAUUGCCUGGACGUCACGCGGCACUUGCCGUACCUGUUCCACACGGUCACGUUCCUGGUGUGCUCGGGCACGGUGUCCAUGCGCGCCGCCACGCACGGACUGGUCAUCAACAUCAUACACUCACUGUGCACCUGCAACAGCCCGAGUUUCUCAGAGGAAACCCAGCGAGUCCUGAUGCUGUCCCUGGAUGAAUUCGCUCUACCCAAGUUCUACCAGAUGUUCGGCAUCUCCAAGGUCAAGUCAGCAGCGGUCACCGCUUUCCGAAGCCCGCAUAACCGCAACCCGGACAAGGAAUGGUACUCGGAGCACUCGUACACAGCCUGCACCGAAUCCGGCACGUCGUCCAGCAGCGGAGCCCUGCCCGCCCCGCCGCCGCACUCGGACCGCGAGCGCCUGCCGCUGCAGUCCCUCGAGACCAUCACCGACGCGCUGCUCGAGAUCAUGGAGGCCUGCAUGAGGGAUAUACCGCACUGCGAUUGGCUGACCACGUGGACUUCCCUGGCCAAAAGCUUCGCCUUCUGUUUCAACCCAGCAUUGCAGCCGCGAGCUCUCAUAGUGUUCGGCUGUAUUAGUAAAAAUGUGACUGACGACGACAUGAAACAGCUCCUACGGAUAUUAGUGAAGGCCCUCGAGUCUUUCAACGACUUGGCGCUAUUGGAAGCCCUCAUCAUGUGCCUGACGAGGUUGCAGCCGCUUUUGUACCCGGAAUCCCCAAUCCACACGGCCCUAUUCUGGGUGGGGCUAUCGGUGUUGCAGCUCGACGACCCCACCUUGUAUGCGGCUGGGCUGUCUCUCCUGGAACAGAACCUGCAUACUCUUGAUUCGCAGGGACAAUUUGAACAUAAGACCUUGGAGCAAGUGAUGAUGGAGACGAGGGAACCACUGGAAUGGCAUUUCAAGCAAAUGGAUCACGCUGUAGGAUUGAGUUUCCGGUCAAACUUCCACUUCGCGCUGGUGGGGCACCUGCUGAAGGGCUACCGGCACCCGCUGGCCGCGUCCGUGUCGCGCACGUGCCGCGUGCUGGCCGCGCUGCUCGCCGUCACCGCGCGCCACGCCGACAAGUUCCACGUCACGCCCGUCACCGUCGCCUACCUCACCGCACUGGUGUGUGUGAGUGAAGAAGUCCGUUCUCGCUGCCACGUGAAGCACUCGCUUCCAAAAUGGCUGCCGGAUAACUGUGACCACUACUGCCCCACCGUUGACUAUCAUCAGUCCUCAAUGUUGAUCCAGCCUUCUACAUCUAGCAGCUCAUGCCAGAGUCGGCGGCAGAAGUCCUGGGAUGUGCUGGACCAGGCUGCUAUAUCAUCAGCGCAUGGUGGUAAAUCCCCCACAAUGCAACAGUCCAGCAGCGGUGGACACAGCCCUCAUUUCAUCAACAUGCCACAUCAGACAUCAGCUAGAAUGCUUUUUAAGACCCAGAGGUCUUUCUCAGUACCAACGUCGAAAGACACAAUAGGGCCACCGAGGGACAGCGAAGGACGAGCACACAGCAUGCAGCAUGGGACUUCGGGAGACGCCGCGCGCGGCGAACAGGACGCCGACAGUGGUCUCGAUGUAGUGGAGGAUGACGGGCGCGGCUCGCCGGGCAGCACGGACGAAGCCACGGAGAGACCGUCCUCAACCAAGUCGGGGGACAGCGAUUUCCCCGAGAAGCAAGUAUCGACGGACAAAGAUACCAGCAGCCCGGAGAGCAACAGCUUAUUGGACCCGAGUGUACUCUCCGACUUCACCACUCAGGCGCUGGUGCUGACUGUACUCGCCACUCUAGUCAAAUACACUACAGAUGAAGACGAAAUAAGAAUACUGUACCAGUACUUAGCUGAAGGCUCUGUCGUUUUCCCAAAAGUAUUUCCUGUAAUCCAUUCUCUCCUCGAUAUGAAAAUAAACCACGUCCUGAUGCACUGCCACGACCAAGUGAUCCUCAGCGCCGUACAGAGUAUAAUACAGAACAUGAUCGCGUCCGAGGACGCCAGCCAACAACAGCUGCACUACAUGCAGAGCUGCGGGUUCGGCGGGCUGUGGCGGUUCGCGGGGCCCUUUACUAAGAUACAAUGCACAGCGGAAAGCAGCGAGCUCUUCGUCAACUGCUUAGAAGCCAUGGUGGAAACAUGUCUACCGGGCUCCGAGCACGCUCAGGCGCGUGCUCCGCCACCAGACCCUGACCGGCAAGAUACAUCAGGGUCAUCACACCGCCCGCCACCAUCACUCUACUGCUCAGGGCAGGACCCUUAGCAGAACGAGCUUUUCUGUAAUGAAACGACGGUGUUAUAACACGAUUAAUGAUGCCUACAUCAAAAUUGCUUUAAAUAGUACCUUAUUUAGUAUUUAGAUUUUUAAAUGUGCUCUAAAGAUUACACCAUUUAUUUAUAAUGCAACUGCCCGCGUAGCCAACAUGCCUUAGCGAACGAAACGCAUCUGUCACUGUCGCACUAAUAAGGAAGAGUGAUAGAGAGAUGACUACGCUACGGAGCGUUAAUGAUUGGCAUGCUGGCUACGCGGGCUGACGAGCAAUAUUACGAGAAAUAGACUUACUUGUGUAGAUUAGAAAUUUUAUAAUCUCAAAAUUAGUGGUAUUUUUUUUCCUCCUAAAUUAAACUAAAGUAACUAUUCCCUGAAUUAGUGUCGUUUUGAGGUUAUAAAAUUCUAAUUUAACACAUUCACUGCCGGGAACCCACCUGGUGGGCGCUCGUGAACUUUGUUCAGAUGCCGGACAACCCGCUGGGCGGGUUGUUUUGUACGCAGCUAUAGCCCACCGGUUUCUGGGGUAGUGCGCCGUUUUUUGUCUGGCAGUGAAUGUGUUAAGAAAAAACGGGGUAAUUUUGAUCCCGUGUGAAUGAAAGAGGGUACAGGUCGAUUCACAAGUGGUAGGAAUGGAUUGAAUGAGUGAAUGAAAAUAUCUAUGUGUGUCACAUUAACCAAUAAAAUGGCGGCUCUGACUGUAUACCGAUACAGGGAGCGUACCGCGAAACCCGAAGUUCGCGGGGAUCUUUCUCUUUUACUCUCACUAAGACGUAAUUAGAGCGACAGAGAAAAAUGCCCGCAAUUGACGAUCUUCGAUUUUCGUAGUUAUAGCCCUGUGGGCCUACCGCGAACCACGUUCGAUGUGUUGCCUCCCUGUCACACUUACGUACGAAUUUACAAGUGCGAUAGAGAGGCAACACGUCGAACGUGGUUCGCGGUACGCCCUCUGGUGUCACUCAUACAAUUAAAGUUCCGUGCAUUCGUGCCAGCUUUCGUGAAUCAACCGGUACAUUUUAAGUUAAUCGUUGACUUCAUUUUGACAGCUAAUACUUUUUCUGUGGAGGGUAGAGGUAAGGAGGACAAUCUCUUAUGGGAGAACUGCUGCUAAAGUGUCCAGCAGCUGUAUAUAAUAGUUCGCAAUCUCUCCGGUGGCGCUAGGGUAGCAGAAGGACAUGACAUGAACUUAGACGGCGUGAAGUGCACUUUCAGUGAUUUGAAAUCUUUUAUCAAAGUCAAAAAUUUGUUCGCGAUGUAUUGUAGCGCCACCUUACUUACUUGGCUGGCGCGAUGACCCAAAAUGAGUCUUGGCCUCCAACACAACAAUCCGCCAUUUUGCUCGAUCCUGAGCGAAUUCACGCAAGCGCCACCUAUUUAUGGAUGAUUUAAGGUUUAUGGAUGGACACUUUUCAUACACAUAGAUUGUUCUCCUUACCUCUACCCUCCAUACUGUAUGAACUAAUCGUCGCCGGUCAAGCAGCUGUGUCCAUUGUAUGUAUGUAAAACACACAUUUUUUUUAAAGUAUGGAUAGAAUGAAAACCCUAGUGUAUUUUUAAAUGACGUCAUGAGCACAAAUUUUAUAAAAGGUAAUUUAGAUAGAUGUAUUAUAAAAUAAGCGCACAUUAAAAAACAACUAAGCACAAAGAUGUGUGAGGCGCACAAAAAAGGUCACCAGAUUCUGGAGCGUUCCACGAAAAGGUCUACUUUGUUGGUGACGCGCAAGGUAGCUUAUAUAAUUAAGGCAAAACGGUUUUUUUUUUGAAAACCCCCAUUUAUGCGAUAUACGAUACGCAAUGAAUUAGUAUUCAAUAGAAUAUAAAUAAAAAGCAGACUAACGUUAUAAUAUUUAAACAGUAAACCCCAAUACGGCGUUCGUUAUUUGCAUGUAUAAUGUGGUAUUUUAAUAACAUAAUUUCCAUGAGUUCCAUGAGACACUUUUUUUCCACAGGCAACUAAUACUCAUCGAAACAAUUCUAAAAACCCCAAACACAAUUAGGUUGUGUUGUUUUAUCACAGAGUUCAUAUGGCCACCUCCUGUCUCCAUCAUCAGAUCAGCUCGAUGGUACCAUAAUAUUGCAUUGUCACCCGACUUACAUAUGUAUGCAAAUUUUCAGCUUCAUCGGAAACCGGGAAGUGGGUCAAAUUUAACUUGCAAGAUUUGUCCCAUACAUACUUACAGGGCAAGUUAAAUACUCGUAAAAGCUUGUGAAAAUGCAGCAAUGUAAAAAAUUUACUAAUUAAUAAAGUAGAAAUAUAAAUUAUAUUAAAAAUCAAAUGAUUGGGAUUUUCUCUUUAUAAACGGAUCGCUUGCGUAUUUUUUAGUCAAAGAUUUCAGCGAGCUGCAGCCCGCAGUCUGCGUUGGUCUGCAAUCUUUGAAUACAUGGGUGAACUGGGCUAUAACCGGGAUUAUCGAAGUUCGUCAAUUGCGGGCAUUUUUCUCUUUCACUCUCAUUACGUCUUAGUGAGAGUAAAAGAGUCAGAUCCCGGCAAUUUGCGAAUUUCGGUUUCCCCUGCAGUACCUGCACCACUACCACCAGUUUGACACUAACAUAUACGCGUGCGUGUGCGUAAUUUACUAUUAAUUUCUCAUAUUCUGAAAGUGGAUCGUUGUUGUUUUAAAAACUGUGCAGAAAAUUAUACGUUUCGGCUCUAGAGCUUACUUUCUAAGUACGUUUUUUUUUUUCACUUUUUUUACGAUGAAAGAUUAAAAUAUUAGUUUUAAAUGGAUUUGUUGUAGCUAUACAAUUUCCAUUCUGAUUCUCUCCAUUCCAUAAAUGACGAUAUUUUUACUUAAACUGUUAAAGAAAUACUAAGUAAGUACUUUCUUCGUAUUUAAAAUAAAAAGUAGAGUGUUUAACUCGGAUGAAUUGCACCAUUCAGUCUAGGACUAACUAAACUACCUCGACAGAAAUGGAUGCCUUUCAUCCAUUGGUUAACAAUCUACUAUUCUAUGCAUCUCGCUCGUACACGCACAUUAGUGCGAGCGAGAUAGAAAGUAAGUUACACAGACGCUAUCGAAUGUCAGUUUAAGUUUGACAUUAUUAAGGCUACUGUUUUAACAUAUUUAACAAACGAUGGUAAUUAUUACUAAAACAUUUAUAUAAUUAACGUUAAAAUUAAAACGAAGGUUCUGUCUUAUGUAAGGUUCUCUGUACAUGUAGAUAAUAGAUGUACAAUUUACAUAGUUUUAUUAGGAAAAUUAGGAUAAAUGCACAAAAAAAAAUAGUGAUCUCACUUACUAUAAAAAUAGAACUUAUUAAAAGGCAUUUAAGAUUAAAAUCGAAUGAACAAGUUGAUAGAUCUGAAUAAAUAUAUCUAGGAAUUAUAUCCUUCCUAACAAGGCACGUCUUAUUCUAAGAUACCAUGGCAGUUAAGUGAUCAGGGGGCUUAGCCAAGUUGACAAUCGUUUGCAGAAAAUGAAACGUAACGCUAUCUGUAAAGUACUGUAUUUACCUCAGUGAAUCAUACGAUAUAAUGUAUUUCCAACGGUUCGUCAACACAAACAUCACGCGGUACGACCGCUCUGCUCGCCGGUCUAACAUCGACUGACUGCAACUGUCAGUGACGUCACCACGACGUAAGCGCUCGAGACGUCUGUACACUACACUAUAAUUUGCAUACAUUAUUUUACGUUUCUCUUAGCAUUUCGUUUCGUUUUCUGCAAAUGAUUUUCAUCUAAGCCCCCUAUUCAAAAUAUUUUAACGAUAACUUGUUAUAUUAGGCCCCUUGCACCGUCUCACUAACCCGGGCUUAACCGGUUAAACCUGGAGUUACCAUGGUUACCUGUAUAAUUUGACACUGGAUUAACGGUUUAGCCGAUUAACUGGUUAAACCGUUAACCAAAUUUUACUGGUACAUAGUAACUCCAGGAUUGGUGCAAGUGACGCUUAACUGUUUCAAAUAUGCUCUCUAUUAAUGUCGUUAAAUAUUUAAAUGUCGUGAUCGUUGUUUAACAUAACUUGCACGGCCAAACUCGGAGCACAAUCUCACUAAAUGCUUUAAAAAAGGUCGGUCUAGAUUAGAACGUCCAUAACGGACGAAUUUGGUAAUGUCAUUUAAGCUUAAUGUAGGUACUAACUGCAUGCAUCCACACCGCAGUUAAUAUUUUAGAGCAACACUGUAUUUUGUUAUGGACAUAACUCAUCUAGACAAGGCCCGCCCCAACGGGAUGAUUUUAUUUAUUAUUUAUUUUUAUUUAAACUAUUGCACAGUGAAAAAUACACAGUGACAAGAGGCGGACUUAAUGCCACGCGGCAUCCUCUACCAGUUAACCUUAAAACCACCUUAUGAUUAAAUCGACCGAUUUGAUCCGAUAAAAAAUUGGCGUCAAUCUCAUCUAGCAUCCGCACGUACGCAAUUAAUCACCAAUUUUAAAUUUAUGGAUGGAUUCAAGCUCACAAAAUAAAAAUAAUGCCCGCAAUGGUGCAUAACAGCGUGGAUGAAUAGCAUUCUUGCGUCUGCAUGUCCAUUUGAUCGGUCAAAAAGGGAUCAAGUGGGAUCGGCGAGCCAAUUAAAUUUUUGCGUCCGCACCACCUGAGAUUGGCCGAAAAUUGUCUCCGUCUGGACUGGCCUUUACUUACUGUUGCAAAGUGUUGCUUCACAAAUAUUGACUGCGGUGUGGAUGCACAUUAAUACAAUCAUAGGAAUAAUAUUUUAAGACACACUGUAUAGUUCAUACAAGGUGGCUUAAAGUAAACGUCGAAAAACGGUUAAAAAGUUAAAAUUAAUGUUUAAAUACAAAAAGAUUGACAAGUGUUUCAGUAUUUAGACUUAAUCUCUAGCCGCCCUGAGGCCUAUAGAAAGGUCUCCCAUUCCGUUCUAAUUUUAAUCUUAUUUCUGACAAAUCAAAAUUGCAUUUGUCUAGGCAAUGUUUGACGUGUGGGGGCUAGAGAAUAUAAGUACAUAUAUAUCUAUACAUACAACCUCUGUAAGUGCACAAUUACACCUUUAAUGGAUAAAUAUACCCGGUAAAAGUCCUAAUGAUAUGAUGCUAUAUUGAUAAUGUAAUUAGUAUAUAAUUAACAGAGUUAUUUUACAAUGAGUGUACCCUUUUGGACAGGACGAAAACGAUUUUACACGAAAGUUUUUUUUAGCAUAAGUCUCGGUUUUUUUUGUACAAACAAAAACAAGCAUUUUGUUAUGGGCAUUAUUAUUUUUUAACUAUAAAACGAUUACUAUAGGCAAGGCUCGGGAAAACGCCUGUCAUUUUAAAAACAUAACCCUGUUUCGUACAACAGCGUUAUUGAUGAAAUAUGUAUGUCCCAAUAAGCGGGUACACACAGAGCGAGCAUAAGCGCGAGGCAAUUUCCUCGCGCACAAACCGGCCAGUGUAAAUGUAGGCACAGGCCGAGUCGGCGCGCGCGUUUUUCUCGCCCGAGCGCGCCGCCUCGGCCACGCGCGUAUGGACCCGCCUAAUGAAUGACGUCCGUAGACAUUUUCGACUCAUAAAUGGGUCCUAAAUGAUGGUGAGGUUUUCAAAAUAACGGACGUUUUUCCGAGCCUUGACUAUAGGUUUUGUUUAUUUAUACUGAAAGGGUUAGAUUUUAAGUAAAGCCUAUAUUUACGAAACAUUUUAGUACAAAUUAAUUUAUAUUGUAUGUUUGUUAUAUUAUAAAUAAAUGUUCGUUCGUCGAUUUUUAAUACUUUUAUAGCUUUUACGCCGUUAUAAGUAACUGCCUUUAAAAAGCUGGUAAAAUAUUUUGCUUCCAUUUUUUUUUAAUAUACAGAGUGUGCAGUGGAAUAAGUAAAGGAUGGUGGGCUAAUUGGCCCAUUUAACCAAUAAGGGCAAGCGGUAUGUCCCCGGAUAGUUACUAUGGCAGGUAGUUCUAAAUCUUUGUGUGAAAAAAACUUAUCGUCGCAAAAAGUAGAGCGAGUUGAAACGUGACUAUAAGUACCUAUAGUUUUUUUUUUCGAUUCUAGGUUCCUGUGUCGCAGAUCAUGAAGGUUUUGUUAUGACGAUAUUUUAGUUUUUUAUUCGUUUUCUUGUUUUUUUUGUGAUAUUUCCGAUGGUCUGUUGUUAAUUCGAAUGGAUUCAUGGGCCAGUGUCCAUACAAAUCUGCCCAUCCUCCUUCAAUUUGGGAAUAAAUUCUUAACACUGUAAUAGAGUGGGCCAACGUUUUGUGUUGUCCAGGGGACAAUAGUUCAACCUUAAAAAAUGUAUUAUGUUUUGACAACAAUCUAAUGCUAAGUAAAUUACUAGUUAUAGAUCGUGUAAUUCAUGAAGACGGGAGUCUUGACUCUUAAUGUCAUGUUAUUAAAGGUUACAUUUGACAACUCUGUGCGUCAUCGUGGAUGACACGAAUUUGGUAAAUUUAGCUACAAUAAAAUCAGAAUUUUAAGUGUAACCAUGGCAAUUGCACAAAAAAAUUGAUUUACCUAACUAACCAUAAUGAAAUUGUCGUAGGUAUUGAAAAGACGCCCUGUAUAUUAAAAUUAAACAAAGAUCUAUUCUGUCCUACUAAACCAAUCAGCGGUAUUUCAAAUCAAAAUUGAAUGCAAAUAUAUACUUGAAAAUACGAUCUGUCUGGCCUGGUGGAUAGCUGCCUAUGAAGCCGAUGGUCCCGGGUUCAAAUCCUUGUAAGGGCAGGGAUAGGGAAUUUCCCUUCAAGACGAUUAGCCAUUAUAUUAUGGAAAUUAUAUGAAAAACAGCACAAGUGACAUCACGGUCAAGUUAACUAGGUACUCUUUAUAGUUCUUUCCAAUUUAUUAAAUAGAAAUUUUGUCUAAAAAUAACUGCACUCCACGUUUUUAAUUCUAAUAAAUUCUGGUGCUUUAUUUCGUGCAUGGUGUGAAAUAGAUAUUUUCUUAAACUUGCAAUGUAACGUUGACAUGACUUCAAAUUAGGUCCGGAAAUAUGUACUACGUAUCCGUCCGUGCGAUGAGUGAAGAUGAUAUAUAAAGGAAUUUCAUACAACCUUACACACCUAGGCCUGUAAAGCAACCUCCUUUUGCUUUUAAACGUCAAAUUGUGACACAACGUCUUGGCUACCUAUAUACUUACUUUACUCUUUGGUCUUAGCAUUCAAUCAUCAAAUAGUAAAUUGUUUUUAGCUGUGUAAACAAUAAAACAGAUUGACAACUUUUUUCCUUGCGUGUUUGAGAAGAGCGGUAUACAAAUCUCGGUGAGAAACGGGGUUGCCGACCGCGCAUCCUUAUUACUUUUCUAUAUCUACUUGGCCUGCAAUCCUUCGUUUCCCGGCCUCUAUAGUAAUGUAUUUUUUUAAAUACAGGCAACAUCUCAAUUCCAUUUUCAAAUUCGUUUUGAGAUACCACUGUUGGGCUUAUCUUAUGGGGGCAGUAUAUAAGAGACAUGGUUUACGCAAUAAUUUAUAUUUUACAUUUUAUUUUAUAAAAAAUAGUGAGUAUACAACGAGUAUUCUGUUGAAUCACAUUCAGGCAAUAAGCAACAUUUGUUAUUUUAUUUGUGUGUAAUUUAAUGAAUGUGUAGAUUAAGUGUAAAUGUUCGAUUAUGAAAUAACUUUGAGUACAGUCGGCGGUAUAUUAAACUUACUUUUAUAUGUGUAUUUGUUAUUGAAUAACGGCAUCGAAUAUCGAUUUUAAUAUGAUUUUUCCAGAUGGUGUCUUUCGUGUGGUGGUGGUCGGGAGGAAACUGACGGAUUUAAAUGGCAGUAAUAUUAAAAAUGAUAUUUUUUUUUUUUGUAAUACAAAGUAACACUUUGUGAAACUUAUCCCACCCAAUAAAACUUUACAAGUGUUUAAUUGAUGAAUAGAAAUAAUAAAUAGUUUGGGUCCCUACAAGUCGCCAAGUUUUUACUAGUGAUAGCUAAUGAGAAUUUUGUUCACCUUUUACUACUGGGAACAACUGAGAAAAACAUCCCAGUAGUUACCAACAAAGUAAGUUGGUGAUAACUAUUGGGAUGUUUUUCUCAGUUGUGAGAAACAUGUUUCUGAGAAAAACAUCCCAGUAGUUACCAACAAAGUGAGUUGGUGGUAACUAUUGGGAUGUUUUUCUCAGUUGUGAGAAACAUCCCAGUAGUUACCAACAAAGUGAGUUGGUGGUAACUAUUGGGAUGUUUUUCUCAGUUGUGAGAAACAUGUUUCUGAGAGAAACAUCCCAGUAGUUACCAACAAAGUGAGUUGGUGGUAACUAUUGGGAUGUUUUUCUCAGUUGUGAGAAACAUGUUUCUGAGAGAAACAUCCCAGUAGUUACCAACAAAGUGAGUUGGUGAUAACUAUUGGGAAAUAUUUUUCUUAGUUGUUACCACUGGGGUAGGUGAGAAAAAAAAUCUGUUGUUACCACUUCUAACUAGUGGGAAUAACCAUAUUUUUUGUUAAAAUCCUUUGAGUUCCUCCCGAACGCCUUGUAUUUUUUGCUACAUCAUUAGUAAAAUAUGUAUACAAGUGGCUCGAAAAAGUUUUCGAUGAAAGAUUAACGAGCUAACUGUAAAUAAAUGGUGCCAGUUUCACGCCGACUGUACGUUAAAAAUGUGAUUAAAAAAAUUAAGUUUCAAAGAUCUACGUGUGAGCUUACUAAGGCCUAAUCUAGGCCCUAAAAUAUUGUUAGAAUUGUAUUGUUCGGAAUUACAGAGGCCUGUAGUUAUACAUAUGUAGCAAUUUAUAAUUUAUUAACAUGGGACAGCUACUUUUAAAUAUGAGUUAUAGCAAGGCCCGAGUGGACGCAAUCGUAAACUUUUGUAAUGUCCACAGAAAAGACGGUUUUGCCUGAUGUUUUUGUCAGUACCAUAUUACCUGUAUACAACUUUGCCCGCCUUAAAAAUUAAGAAUCAAGUGAGACUGCUUUUGAUAAUGUUACAAAUUGUUACGUUUUUAUAUAGGCCUUUGUAAUUUCGCUCAGUAUACGUGUGAAUAGUAACAACAAUGUCUAUUUAUACCCUAUCUCACUGCUAUGUUCGUAUAGCACCACAAUUUGUUAAUCGUGUAAGUUCAAAAUUAUGUUACACACUUUGAUGUUGAAUCGCGAUAACUUAUUAUUUAAUUUACAAGUGUAUAUUUUUUACGUUUGUUUGUAACAGUUUUCGAAGUAAGGCAUUUUGUCUACUUUGUGUGGUUCGUAGUCCAAAUCACUCCUUAUAUUGAUAUAUGUCUAAAAUAUUCAAUUGUAACUGACAUCGUGACGAAAUUGUUUGAGAAUGGCGGUAUUUGGUGAACCAGUUCUUAUCUAUACUUUAAAUAAAAGCAUGACUUUACUGGCAUUUCAGUCAAAAGGUCCGGUUUCAGUAGUAGGUUAUAUUAAAUUAUAUUUUCGUCUCAAAACCAUUUUUCAUUUACAUAUAUAGUUUCGUAUACCUUACAACUUGGCCCACCUUUUUGGGCAAAGUUGUAAUUUUUAUAAAACUGGUUCAUCAAAUGUUUUUUUUAAUAUUUAUAUUUCCAUGAAAUGAAGGUAUUACUAUUUUAUAAGAUUUAUAGCUAUCAAUGUGACAAAUUAUAUCUAUUGAUGUAUUUAGUAAAAAGUACGAGACUAAAA